AUGAGCUCUGUCAUCCUGACCUGGACAGCUCCCCUGGGCCCACACCACCCACCCGACACCUGCUGGGCCCAAUGGUGCUCUGGGGCAGAGACGGUGUUGUGGGGGGCAUUUCCAACAAUCCCUCCUCACUUGUCACCUCCCAACAGGGUCACAGAUCUGCACAAAGAAACUCAGACCAACAACUCAAUCAGCCUGGGGUGGAAGGCCCCCACAGACCCCCCCUCUCAGGCCCACACAUACUGGGUCCAGUGAGCCCCUGGGGGACAACCCCAGGGAGAGCAAGACCCCCGAGGACAUCAGGCCAACUAGACAGGCAGAACCAAUGAGACUUGCUAUGAGGUGCAGACUCUGGAACCCGGGACUUCGUACAGCUUCAAUGUGUGGGAAGAGAGGAACAAUGUGGCCAGUUCUGCACAGAGCCUCCUUACAUCCACAGCCCCGAGCCCGGUCACCAUCACCUCCUGCGUCAGCAGCUCUGGGGGACACGGAGUCAUCUUGACCUGGUCCUGCCCCAGGGGAGGCUACGAGGCCUUUGAGCUGCAGGUGGGUGGACAGCGGGACUCCCAGAACAGGUCCUCCUGUGGGAGGAGGGUGCCUGUGUUGGGUCUCUGGCCAGCCCAGUCCUACCCAGCCACCGUCACGACCAUCUGGGAUGGAAUGAGUGCACCGUCUACCUCUGUGACCUGCCACACUGAGAACAUAGGGGUCAUUGCUGGAGCCAUUAUUGGUGUCAUCCUGUUUGUCAUCCUGGUGGGUCUGCUGAUUUUCUUCCUGAAGAAGAGGUACAAGAAAAGCCAGAGGGAACCAGCACCCAGGGGUCUGGUCUUCAGCUUCUCAGAGGACAUCCUGGUGGAAGACUUUGCUGAUCACGUCAGGAAAAACGAGGACAGCAAUUGUGGCUUUGGGUAGGAGUACCAGCAAUUGGCUCUGGAGAGUCCCAGUUGGUCUCAAACGGUGGCCUCGGCUCCGGAAAACAGCGCCAAGAACCGUCACAGCUAUGACUGGUCUCGUGUGCCCCUGAAGCCCCUCCAGGAGGAGCCAGACUCAGACUACAUCAAUGCCAGCUUCAUGCCUGGUCUUGAGAACCCCCAGGAGUUCAUUGCAGCCCAGGGACCCCUGCCCCAGACGGUGGGUGAUUUCUGGCGCCUGGUGUGGGAGCAGCAGAGCGGCACCCUGGUCAUGCUGACCAACUGUGUGGAAUCCGGCCAGGUGAAGUGUGAGCAUUACUGGCCUCUCGACGCCAAGCCCUGCACACAUGGGCACCUACAAGUGACGCUGGAGGGUGAGGAGGUGCUGGAGGACUUGACAGUCCGAGACCUGACGCUCCAGCACAUGCAAGAGCAGAAAACACUACCAGUGUGUCAGUUCCAUUACGUGACCUGGCCAGACCACGGCGUCCCCCACUCCCCAGACCCCAUGCUGGCCUUCUGGAAGAUGCUGCGGCAGUGGCUGGACAGGACGCGGGGGAGGCCCCCCAUUUUGCACUGCAGUGCUGGCGUGGGCCGCAUGGGCACCCUCAUUGCCUUGGAUGUCCUGCUGAGGCAGCUGGAACGGGAUGGAUGUGUGGGGCCCUUCAGCUAUGUGCAGAAGAUGAGGGAAAGCCGGCCUCUGAUGGUGCAGACUGAGGCCCAGUAUGUGUUCCUGCACCAGUGCAUCCUGAGAUUUCUCCAGCAGUCAGGCCGAGCCCCAACAGACAAUGUGGCUGUGUAUGAGAACCUGCUGUAUGAGAAUGUCUGA